UGUGUUUCUGCUUAGUUUUCUUUUCGAUCUGUAUUUCAGUCCCAGGUCUGUUAACAUGCCUGAGCCAGCGAAGUCGGCGCCUGCCCCGAAGAAGGGCUCCAAGAAGGCCGUCACCAAGGCGCAGAAGAAGGAUGGCAAGAAGCGCAAGCGCAGCCGAAAAGAGAGCUACUCGGUCUACGUGUACAAGGUGCUCAAGCAGGUGCACCCCGACACGGGCAUCUCGUCCAAGGCCAUGGGCAUCAUGAACUCCUUCGUCAACGACAUUUUUGAGCGCAUCGCCGGCGAGGCGUCACGCCUGGCGCACUACAACAAGCGAUCCACCAUCACGUCGCGGGAGAUCCAGACGGCCGUGCGGCUGCUGCUGCCCGGGGAGCUGGCCAAGCACGCCGUGUCGGAGGGCACCAAGGCUGUCACCAAGUACACCAGCUCCAAGUGAGCAUCUGGCAGCUGCCUACAACCCAAAGGCUCUUUUCAGAGCCACCUACUUUUUCACUGUAAGAGUUGUGAUGACUUACCUGUUUUUUGUGAUAAAGCAUUUAUUUGUAUUUUUAUUUUUUGAAGUAAAUUACUUUGCAGAAAAUGGA